UUUCGUUUCAUCAACACAAAACGGCAACAGUCAACAUGUCAAACACAAACAGUGAAGAAGCUUUCAAUAUUCGUACCGGCUUUGUCAAGCCCGAAACCUUGGAAAUAGCCAAAAAUGAAUUACGUGAGACACCAGAAAUUAAAGAAGCAGCCAUUAAAGAGCUACGCGAAUUGUUAAAUGCCUGCCCAGAUCUUAAAUACAGAGAUGAUGAUGACUUUUUGGUUAUAUUCCUGAGAGCCUGCCACUUUUAUCCACAGAGUGCAUUUGAAAAGAUGAAAUCCACCUCUGCCUUCCGCAAAGAAAAUGCCAGUUUGGUACAUGGCCUGUGUGUCGAUCAUGUCCGCGAACAAUUUACCAAUGGCAAUGUCAUCAACGUUUUGAAAAACUGUGAUCAGCUGGGUCGUCGUGUUCUCAUUGUUAACUGCGGUGAAUUGUGGAAUCCCAGUCAGGUGCCAGCCGAUGAUGUCUUCCGUAUGUUGUAUUUGGUGCACAUUGCCGCUCAGCUCGAAAUUGAAACACAAAUUCGUGGAGUUGUCUGUAUCAUGGAUUUCGAUGGACUGUCGAUGAAACAAAUCAAAGCCUUGUCACCCACAUUCUCGAAACGUCUGUUGACUUUCAUCCAGGAUGCCAUGCCAUUGCGUACCAAAGAAAUUCACUUUGUGAAACAACCUUUCCUCUUCAAAAUGGUUUGGUCAUUGUUCAAGCCUUUUGUUAGGGAGAAGUUGAACAAGAGAAUGCAUUUCCAUGGCAAUGACAUGAAAUCAUUGCACAAAUUCCUUUCCCCCGAAAUCCUGCCUGAAAACUACAAGGGCAAAUUACCAAAGAUUGAUUACAACGGCAAGGAUUGGAUUCAAGCUGUUGAAAAACACGAAGGUUACAUCAAGGAAUGGUCCGAAUUUGGACCCGCCAAAUGGUAA